UAGUGAUGUUGCGUACUUCACUUCCGAUGCUCCCGAUUCAGUUUGUAUACCUUCCGACCUAACCUACAAGAGCUGUGGUUUUGCUGUCCGCAAAUUACUUUAAAGCUGUAAAUUUCAAGAUCUAAUCGUACACGUAAAAAGCUAGUGCUACAAGAUGUCGGAGCGUAAAGUUUUGAAUAAAUAUUAUCCGCCGGAUUUCGAUCCGUCGAAGAUCCCGCGAAUGAAACUGGCGAGAAAUCGCCAAUACACCGUGCGAUUAAUGGCACCGUUUAAUAUGCGAUGCAAAACAUGCGGUGAAUAUAUCUACAAGGGCAAGAAAUUUAAUGCGCGUAAGGAGGACGUCGAGGGCGAUGAUUACUUGGGCAUACGCAUUUACAGGUUCUACAUUAAGUGCACCCGCUGCUUGCAAGAGAUAUCUUUCAAGACAGAUCCAAAGAAUACGGAUUACGAGAUCGAGGCAGGUGCCACGAGAAAUUUUAUGGCAUUGAAAUUAGCUGAGGAACAGGCACAAAGGGAAGAGGAUGAGGAGAAAGAGGAAGAGGCUACCAACCCGAUGAAACUUCUGGAAAAGAGAACACUCCAAUCUAAGCAAGAACUGGAGCUGUUAGAAUCUUUGGAGGAAUUGAAGGAUUUAAAUCGGAGGCAGCAAACUAUAGAUUAUGAUCAAAUGUUGGAACAGUACGAUACCGAAGCUGCUAAGCAGAGAACAGAAAAGGAACAAGAGGAAUUGGAUGAACAGUACAUUAAAUCUGUAUUUGGCAAAAGACAAUUAACUGGAACUGUUGUGGAAGAAGAAAUUGAAGAGUUGGAAGAAGAAGAAGAAAGAAAAAAUGUUCAACCUCCUACUAAAAUACUCAAAACAAACGAAGCAAAUGACAAAGAAACAGAAAAUUUUGGGCAUUCUUCAAAAUCUGCUAAAGCAUCAUUGUGGUCGGAAAAUAUGGGAUUAUCAUCUGGUAAAAAGAAUUCAUCUACUUUAGUUAAGAAAAGUAAUAUUGGAAUAAAGAUAAAUGCCAAGUCGUCACAAAGUAAAACAUCCAAGAUGGAAAAUACUGUUUUUUCCGAUAAGGAAACAGUUCUACAAUCGAACAAAACACCCAACGCUUCAACGAGUACAUCGAAUACAGUAAAUACAGACACAAAAUCUGAUAAUGUUAGCAAUAUUCUCCCAUUACGGUCUCUCGUAGGUGCCUAUUCGGAUAGCAGCGAUAAUGAAAGCGAUUAAUAGCAGAAAUAAAUUAAUAUA